CUUUGCAAAAGUCUUCCUCCUCCUGCAUCUGAAACAAAUUGUCCAGCUUAUGUGAAAAAUGCAUUGUUGGAGGAAUAGUAAUAUAACCUACUGUAUGUGGGCAGGGAUAUACAGCAGCUGGGCCCGUCGGCGUCCAACGAGUCAGCCACAAUUAGCGUCAAACAAGCCUGUGCAAGAUCCCUCUAGGUAUUCUGGUUUAUUUUUGCCUUUAGCCACGAAGCUCUGAAUCGGUCAGAUUUUGACUUGCAGGAGAGGGGAAAAAGCUUCAGAGUCCAUGAUUUUUUUCUGGUACUUCAAUUUACCUUUCUGGAACCUGCUUCUUUCCCAAAUGACUUGUUCAGCAAGUGAAGCCAGCCCCGGCCGAGCGUUGGUCAAGUCUCCAGAGCGUCUUUCUUACGACCGAGCAGCUUUGGAGAAGAUGCACCGGGAAGUGAGGCGAGGAGAGCGGAGAUCCCUGUGGUUGGAAUUCCGCGCAUUGCAAAGGAGCUUCAGGUUGCAUCUCUGGAGGGACAUGAGUGUUUUUGUUGAGGAUGUUGAGAUUGUGAUGAACGACACCUCCGAACCCGCCGAUGUCUCUUUCGUUUAUUCAGGCACCCUACAAGGAGACGCAGCUUCUUUCUGCCACGGCUCCAUCAUCCACGGUGUCUUUGAGGGAUUCGUCCAGACCCAGAACGGUACCUAUUACAUUGAAUCUGCUGCUGUGGUCAAAGGGGCCCCCGAGACCCAUUCCCUGAUCCACCACCAGAGAGACCUAGAUUAUAAACUUCUCCACGACUCCAAAUCAGCAUCCUUGGCUCAGACACUGCACCAACAACUGCAAGAUUUCCAGCGGCAGCUAACAGCAAAGGCCAAUCACCCUCAUCGGCCCAGGAGGAGUUUGAAUUAUUCGAAAACUUCCUGCCUGCUUCAUUUUCAAGCAGACCACCUUUUCUAUCGACGGUUUGGCUCUGUGGAAGCCGUGAUCGCCCAGAUUGCCAGCUAUGUAAAAGCUGUGAACGCCAUUUACGAAGCGGCUGAAUUUGGCCGGAUCGGGACCAUUGAAUUCAAAGUUAAGACGAUCACGAUCGUCCAAGAAGAAGACCCUUCAAGGACCCCGUUCCUCAGUCCGGAGAUGCUGCUUAUGCUGCACUCAAAAACCAAUUGGGACGGUUACUGCUUAUCUUACCUGCUGACCGACCGGGAUUACAGUGGCGUCCUCGGAAUUGCUUUCAGUGGACAACCAGGAGACUCCGGAGGGAUUUGCUCAAAAUAUCAGCAUUUCCUGGAGAAAGAGGCAUCUCUGAACACAGGGCUGAUCACACUGCAGAAAUACGGCCAAUUGCUCCCUCCACGGAUGAUCCACAUCACCCUGGCGCAUGAAUUUGGCCACAGCCUGGGGGCGCAACACGACCAGACCAAAGAAUGUUCCCGUUUUGACCUCAACACCAGCCGGGGAAAAUUCCUGAUGUUCAAUUAUGCCACAGAUGGGACCGAAUUCAACAAUGAUAAAUUCUCUCCAUGUAGCAUCGCCUAUAUUUCAAAUAUUCUGGAGCACAAGAAGGACCAAUGUUUUGCAGAAACUGACCGUCCCAUCUGCGGGAACCAGAUCGUGGAUCCGGGGGAAGAGUGCGACGUUGGGAGCGACAAUGAGGACGCCUGCUGCUACGGCGCUGGGGAGCCAAGGGGGAUCCAGUGCCGGUUGAAACCAGGAGCCUCAUGCAGCCCCAGUCAAGGACUCUGUUGUGAGCGGAAUUGUGUCCUUAAACCUCUGGGACAACGGUGCCAGGAAGAGAGCGAAUGUGCUUUGGGAAGCCUCUGCACAGGAUCGAGUCCCGCAUGUCCAGAGCUCCUACCGAAAGCCAACUUCACCCCCUGCGGCCUCGGCCUCCGCCUGUGUUCGAACGGGCUCUGCGAAGGGUCCCUCUGCAUCCAGCAUGGGUUGGAGGAAUGUCAGUGUGUCUCUAGUCCUCUGCGAGGAAGAUGCGGUCUCUGCUGCCAGCUGCCCGGACAAGCUGCAACCUGUGUCAGCACCUCCUCAAAGAUCUGGGACCCUUUCUUCAACGGUUCGGACAUCCCGCUCCUGGCGGGCUCACCGUGCGGCGACAAGAACGGCUACUGUGACAAAUUCCACAUCUGCCGGUUUGUAGAUGAGGAUGGUCCCAUUGCCAGGGUGAAAAACUUCAUCCUGGACUUCAUCGAAAUGGACGACCUGGCCACCUGGAUGCAGACACAUUGGUGUGCUAUCCUUCUUGUGGUUUUGACCUUAGCAGCCAUGAUGGCUGGCACAGUUUUCCUCUUUGGAAGAACAGUCAGCAAUGAAUCAGCAGAUGAAAACAUCAUCAGGAUCUCUCGCAAGGCAGGAGCUGUGGAACAUCAAGGGAAGAAACAACAGACUUCCUUUCACUGGGAAGAGGAGAUUUAUAUCAAAAUGCACCAGAAAAGGCCACGCUCCAGCCCUGGGGAGCUUUGCUAAGCUUCGGACAAGGCGCCUCUGCCCCAACACACACUUGUGGUUGCAGCACAGAUAACACCAGCAUCCCGCAAUCCAUCACACCAAAGGGCACGCAAAAAAUACAGAGAUUUUCUUACUGACAUGACCCCUUAAUUUUCCUUCCCCCCCUUUUUUUUGGCUUGUUUCUCUUUUUUAAAAAUGAUUAAUUAAAAAAAUAACUGUUUA